AUGGAUGAGGAGCCUCUGGUGGAUGAGCCGUCGUGGCGCUCGACCUGCUCGGCCAACUCGGGGGAGCAGAGCGAGCCAGAGGCCGAGCUGGACGGGGCAGACGACCACCCCAGGCGCGUCAUCGACCUGACGCUCCCGCCCAGUGGCCGGAAGGCUCGCGGCGCGCCCCGCGCCGCACGGACUGGCGCGCCGCCGCCCGCGCCCGCCGCUUCGCCGAGGGCUGCGGCGGACCAGCCCCCAGCGGCGGCGCCGGCGGUUGCAGCUGUGCCGGCAGCUGCUCCGGCGAAGGCGCCGAAGGUGGCUCCGCAGGAGCUCGAGUCGGUGGCACCGCUGGUGGCCGCCCCGCAAGUGUUAGAAGCUGCGCCAGAGCCUGUUGGUGCACCAGCGGACCCACUUGCAGCCAUGCGAGUGGCCUCGUCGAUGCCUGUGCCAGCAGCGGCUUCAGAGGCGCCAGGCGCGUGUGCCAUACUGGCGGACGUGCGCUCAGCCAUGCGAGAGGCCACGUCGAUGCCCGCGCCAUCAGCGCCAGAUCGUGCGCUGGUCGACGUGCAAGAGGCUGCACCGGCGGACGCGCUAGCGGCCGUGCGAGGAGCCGCGUCGAGGCCUGCGACAGCUGUUGCUCCUGAGGCGCUAGAGCCUCAGCCAGUAGCUGUAACAGGAACAAGGUCGGUGGAUGCGCUUGCAGCCAUGCGAGUGGCCAAGGCGAGCCUCGUGCCAGCAGCGGCUCCUGAGGCCCCCGAGCCUGGGUCAGUGGCUGUGCAAGGGGGCGCACCAGUGGACGCGCUUGCAGCCUGGCGAGAGGCCUCGUCGAGGCUGGCGCCAGCAGCUGCUGCAGAGGCGCCCGAGCCUGUGCUGGUCGACGUGCCAGGCGGCAAACCGGCGGGAGCGCUUGGAUCCAUGCGAGAGGCCGCGUCGAUGCCCGCGCCACCAGCUGCUCCAGAGGCGCCUGAGGCUGUGCUGGUCGAUGUGCCAAGGGGCGCACCGGCGGACGCGCUUGCAGCCAUGCGGGUGGCCUCGCCGGCACCCUCGCCAGCAGCUGCUGCAAAGGCGCCCGAACCUGUGCCAGGGGGUGCACUGGUGGACGCGCUUGCAGCUGUGCGAGAGGCCACGUCGAGCCUCGCGUCUGCGGGUGCUCCAGAGGCGCUAGAGCCUGAACCAGUGGCUGUGCACAGCGGCGCGUCCGUUGACUCGCUUUCAUCAAUGCGAGUGGCUGUGGGACGCUCGCCUUCAGCUGCAGGGGCGCCAGAGCUUGAGCCAGUGUCGGGGCAAGGUGGUGCACCCGUGGACGCGCUUGCAGCCGCGCAGGGGGUUAUGUCGAGCCGCGCGCCCACAGCUGCUCCAGAGGUGCUGGAGCCUACGCCAGGGGCCUUGCAAGCCGGCGCACCGGCAGACGCGCUUGCAGCCAUGCGAGUGGCACCGGUGGACGCGCUUGCAGCCAUGCGAGUGGCCGCGUGGAGCCCCUCGCCGGCAGUUGCUCCAAAUGCGCCAGAACCUGAGCCAGUGGCUGUGCAAGGCCGCGCACAAGCGGAUGCGCUUGCAUCCAUGCGAGAGUCAACCUCGAGCCUCGCGCUAGCAGCCGCUCAAGAAGUGCCAGGGCCUGUUCCCGCACCUGUGCCAGGGGGCGAGCCAGUGGACGCGCUUGCAGCCAUGCGAGUGGCCACGUCGACGCCGUUGCAAGUAGUUGCUGCAGCGGCGCCCGAGCCUGUGCUGGUCGACGCGCCAGGGGGCGCACCAGCGGACGCCCUUGCAGCUAUGCGAGUGGCCUCGCCGAUGCCUUCACCAGCAGCUGCUCCAGAUGCGCCAGAGCCUAUGCCAGUGGCUGUGCCACGGAGCGCGCCAGCGGACGCGCUUGCAGCCAUGCGAGAGGCGAUGGCGGUGCAUGCGCCAGCAGGUGUUGCGGAGGCCGCGCCAGAGCCUGCGAUAGUGGAUGUGAUCGCGGACGUGCCUGAGACAUCGCUGGCUUUCAACUCAGAGCCUCCAGUUGCUGCAAUGCUGGGAGCCCCAAUGGCGGAUACGCCAGAGCCUGCGCCAGUGGCUUCGCUAGUGAUGGUGCCCGAGGUCCAGUCUGGCAACUCCAGCUCGGAAGCAUUUUUUCCAGGGUCAACGGCCGUAGCUGAGCACCAGACGGCGGCCACGCCAGAAGCCGCGCAAGACUUGGCGCUGGGGGCCGAGCCAGUGGCGUUGCCAGAGGGUGCGACGGCUCCCACGCCAGAGGUGAUUCGGUCUGCAGAGCCUGCGGGGGCGGUAGUACCAGCAGCCACACCCGAGGUGCCAGCAGCUGCGCCCGAGCUGUCCGUGGCCGCGCUGGCGCCCCCCCCCGCGGACGUGUGUGCAGCGCUGCCAGCGACCGUGCCCGCUGCCAUGGUGGAUAUCCCGCCGAGGGCCAUUGCGGCGGGGGGGCUUGCGGCAGCCAGACCAGUGACUGAGCCCGAGGCCUUGACGGCGACUGCGCCUUUGGUUGCCCCGACGGCCGCGAUUGAGCACGAGCUGGCCGCGACGCCGGCGGCCACGCCAGAGCCUGCGCCAGUGGCUUCGCCGAUGAUGAUGCCAGAGGUCGUGCUGGAGGCAGGACCAGCACCUGCACCGGCAGCAGCACUCGAGCCCGCUCUAGUGGCUGGGUCGGCAGCUACACCAGCAGCCACGCUGGCGUCUGCGCCGUCAGUCCGAUCAGCCGCUGAGUCGUCUGCCACCACUGCGGCCGAGGCAGGGGCCACGUCGGAGGUCACUGCUCAGGCCGCGCGGGCGGCCUCACCAGAGCGCGCACUGCAGUCGGCAGUGCUGCCAGCGGUGCAUCAUGGAGUUAUGCAAGCUUCCAGGGAGAAGAAUAAGGACGGCAGAGGCGUGUCAAUCGUGCCGACGCCAGCUGUGCCCGUGCAACGCGUUGGAGCGUACCAGGAUCCGUCGCGAGAAGAGGGGGCGCUGAGGGGGGCCGACGGCGAGCUGUCGCGGUUGCUGCAGCGCCGCUUCCGGCGCGUGGAGGCGGGGGCGGCGCUCACGCCCCUGCGCCCGGGCGGCGCGGCGGCGUGUCCAGAGGCGCCGGCUGCGCAGGCGCCUGAGGCGCCUGGGGCGUCAGAGGCGCCCAGGGCGCCCGAGGCGGCGGCGUCCAGGGCGCCUGGGGCGCCUGAGGUGCCCGUGGCUUCCGGGGCGCCCCAGCCGUCGGAGGCGCCCAGGGCGCCCGAGGCGUCAGGGGCGCCCAAGGCGUCCGGGGCGCCCGAUGCGCCCGACGGGGCGCCCGAGGCGCAGGCGCCCAGGGCGCAGGGAUCCGCGCAGCCGGCCGCCGCGGGCACCGCUGGGAGGCACUGCGACUGGUGCGGGUCUUCCGAGAAGCUGGCGGAGGACGCCGGGAAUGCAGGCGUUUCUUACUGCCAGAGCUGCUGGGCCAGCUGGAGCGGCUUCGGGGUGGAGGACGAGCAGGCGGAGCCCCUGGCGCUGCCUGACGACUACUACUUCUGA